GCUAUAAGUAAUCAGACACUGUCCUCAAUUGAGUUAAAUAUCUCUCUUUCCCAAUCUUUUUUUCUCUAUUCCCACCAUUUCUUUUCUCCUUUAUCCAUUCACACUUUUGUCGGCCUUAAGUUAUCAAAUUCUUCAUCUGUCUCUGUAUCAAUUUAGUUUUGUGAACCUACUUUUAUUAUCCUUAGUUUUGGAAGUACACUGUGACUAUUUAAUACUGUUAUACUCAGGAAAAAUUCAAGUUUUGCUUGUGGUUAAAACUAUGAAUUGGUGAUCGGAAACUGUUGAUUAUUGCAGUUGAUUAAGAGCUUUUUCUGGAAAACUUUGUAAAUCAGAUUUGAAUAGGCAAAAUGAACUCUCUGCAAGGGCCUGUUGUUUGUCCUCUGGUUUGUGGAAAGCGAACAGGUAUGGUCAAUUCAUCUAUAGUGAAGGCUACUAUGCUGAGGAGUGAGCUCUGUGGGUUUAAUGGGAUAUCUAGCCGGCCGGUUAAUGUGGCUCGUCUACCACGAUCACGUGUAAGCAAGUUGAUCGGAUGCAGUUUCAGUUCAUCAUCAAAUGACAAUGGUAGCAUGGCCGAGAAUUUUAACGAAAGCGAUGCUGAUUAUGUGAAUUCUAGCGUGGUUGAAGCUGUUGAAGUGCGAAGCGGGAAAGAUGGUUUCAUGAUCAAGAUGAGAGAUGGCAGACAUGUGAAAUGCGUCCAAAACAAUCCACAGGGAGUUCAUCUACCUGAUUAUGCAUCAAAUCCAGCUAUUGUGCUAAAGAUAGAAGACGGAACUGGCCUGCUUCUUCCUAUAAUUGUUUUGGAGAUGUCAAGUGUGUUGCUUAUGGCAGCUAUACGCAAUGUCCAACUUGUACAAAUAUUUGCUCCAUUUCAGGCCAGACCAACAAUGUAUCAAGUUUUGAAGGAAAUGGUCGAGAAGAUGGGUUAUGCAGUUAAACUUGUUCGAGUUACCAAGCGAGUUGACGAGGCAUAUAUUGCCCAGUUAUACCUAACCAAGUUAGAUAAUGAUGCUGAGAGUAUUAGUUUCGAUCUUCGUCCUUCUGAUGCAAUCAACAUUGCUGUGAAAUGCAAGGUAAGGUGGUUGGAGCUUAUUACUUCUUCGAAAUUGUUGACGGUGAUGACACGCUAUUGUUCUCGAGUUCUACAUGUUGCAGGCAAUUUCUAUGUGCCAAUACAAGUCAAUAAAAACUUGGUGUACAGUGAUGGCAUGAGGAUUGUUGAGUUUGCAAAUCCUGCACCGCCCACUGCCACUUCAAAUGGCCUAUUGUUCCAUGGGCUUGACAAUUCUGAUUAUCAUUAUGGAUUCAGACCGACUGGGCAGCCAUCCAUUGACGAAAAGGAGUUUGUUCUUGUGCGGAACAUGCUGGUUGCUGCAGUAGAAGAACGAUACAGAGAUGCAGGGACAACAUGUUUGUCGCCAACCAGAUUGGAUUUAGACAUUGAGUUUGAUGGCUGCAAAAAUAUUUGAUGGGGUACAAAUGCAUCAAAAAACCAAAAUAAGUGAUCAUGGCUAUUAUCAGUGCUUCCAAGGAUUUGGUCUUCUUUUUUCUUUUUUUCUAUCUGCUCUAAAUGCUAAGUAAUUGAACUAAUGGCAUGUAGUAUUUAAUAAUCAAAUUAGUCUAUGUGCUGAUGCCAAAGGACCUUAGACAAAGGCAUCAACCUGGACUUCUAUCAAGUUCCUCUCUGGAAGUGUUAAUUUUCAUCAACUUCAACAAUGCUCUUAUGAAGCUGUGCUUCCUGAAAGGAGGGUCUUUUAUUAUGGAUUUUUAACAUUUCCUCUGGACACAAGAUAAUUGGCGAAGGUGGUGCUUUGAACAUUUUCAUUGCAAGUCGAAAAGAUAAACAUCGACUUUGCAUACCAGCAAUCCUCUUUUACCAUCGAUCUUUCCCCGGGUUUUCUUAAUCCCUUUGAGUCGGGAUAAAGAGGAGGAGCUAGGAGGUACAUGAAAUAUCUUCAGAUGAGCACAAAAAUGUAAAAUUGAAGGUCUAGGUCUGUCUGCUUUGUAUCAGUCAGCUUGUUCAGUCCUAGGUUUCUUUUCGACGUAGUUGAAAAAUUCUUGGUGAUUAAUAUAAGAUGUUUUUGCUGUU